CUCUGAGCUCAAAGGCGGAAGAGGAAGCAGCGCGCAUGCGUAUAACCGACUGAAACCAUCUGCGAAACAGAGCAAAGGCGUGCAGUAACUUAGAAAGCUCAUCUUGUUUUCUGAUCCCUUGAGUACUAAUGUGGCCUAACCAAGGACCCCCAUUGAAUUGCCCCACUGGUCAACCACCCUACAACCCCGCCUACCCCCCUGGGCAUAACCCAGCUUACCCAGCUGCACCAAAUCCAGUUUAUCCCCCUGGUAUGAAUCCAGCCAUUCAGCCUGGAGGAAUGCCCUACCCAGGCCCAGGACAGCCCACUUAUCCCAUGAAUCCUGGUGCUCCUGGUUUCCCUCAGGGUAACUUUUCUGGUGGGUACUAUCCUGGCCCGCCCCAAAUUCCAGGAGGUGGUCAGUAUAUGCCAGGGUGCUUACCUGGGGGCAUGGCGGUGGGGUUGGCUGGUACAGGGGGAAUGAUGGCUGGAUAUAACAUGAACAAGAAGAUGAAGAAAAAGAUGAAAAAGGCCCACAAACACCAUAAGCAUGGGAAGCAUUCCUCCAGCAGCAGCAGCAGCAGUGACUCAGACUGAUUUCUCUCACUAAUACUGAAGGUUGUGUGGAUUAAAGAUUAAAUGUAAUAGUUAAACCAGAGCUUAAAUUAAACUUCUGCAAACUAAUGAAACCUUCACUUGUAUUUCAGUGUAUAAAAUUUAUAUAUUGAUUAUAUUUGCUCUGCCUAAUUUCAAGCAUUACUGUAAUGAUACCAAAAAACGUUCUGGUUUGUUUUCCCUUUAUUUUCCCUUAAUGGGGUUCUGUAUAGGAACUGGAGCCGUUAUGAAUUCAUUCAACCCAAAAGUGAAACAUUAUCUGAAAACACAACUUGGAUCACUAUUAAACCACUUCUCUCUCUAUCAUCAGAAAAAGUCAAGUUCCUACAAUGCAUGUAAGGAUGUGAUUUAGUAGUAAUGCAGGGACCAGAUGUAUGUUUACAUAUUUUUUUUUUGAAUGUCUUUCAAUUUACAUGUACAGUAAGUCUGCAUCAGGUUAGCCAUUUCAUGCUUGAUGUCUUUGGGUAAAACAACAUGUAAAGCUCUUGAAUGCAAUAAAAAAAAUUAUUGAAAUCUU